AUGCGUCGGUGCCCUAGUGGCGACCAUCCCCUGACAAGCUCCGCUGCCAGUCCCGUAGUAGCUCUCAAGACUCACCUUGACGCCCUGGCCAAUCCUGGUGGCAACAAGAUGUCCUCCUCCCAUCACAAGAAAUCCGACACUGCCUUCCCUCUUGCCUCCUCCUCUUCAUCAGCUCUCACCUCCAAUGGCCCUUCUGCAGUCGUUUCUCGUUUCCGUCUUCGGCAUUCAGGUGGUUCUAGCUCCUCUGGGGCCAAGAAACGCCAAUUGGAGCGGCCCCUUUCUCAAAUAAUAUGUCAACUCGAUUCAGCUCUUCUCCUGAAUAAUUCGCCCUCUUUCAGCAUUCAACAACCCAGGUCGGAGGAGAGGCUGAGUGCUGUAGUUAAUAACAACAAUAGUCAGUCGACUGUGACUGAAGAAGUGCAGACCGGGCAACAAAAACUAGGUUCAGGGGGUUAUGAUGAAGAUGAUGUGAUUGAGGGCAUACCGCGGGCUGUGGCACAAUGUCUGGACGACCUGGAGAACCCGCCUAUUCCACCUACCAGAGUUUACUCCUUACGUCGUGGUGCUGGUGAAAUCUUCGGUCACUUCGCCAAUUCCUCUUCUUCUGAAACCGCCUCACCCCAUGGUUCACGAGGCCGACGUGCACCCCUCCAGAGUCUUUCAGAAUCAUCCGGUUUCGAGAUGCUGGACCUUGAACGUUCGGGCGGAAGCGGGUCCAACGGGCGUGGGGAAGCGACUGAUGAUGAUGAUGCGGAGGCGUUGGAAUUCGCCAUUCUAGAAGCGGCCGCAGAAGCGGAAGAGCAAGCUGCAGCGGCUGCUGUGAGUGGAGAGAGGAAGAGGUGUCAAUUGGGUGAUGUAUGUCCUGUUUCUCCACUGGCUGACCAUAUGAGCGCUUGGCAACCCUCACCAAGUGAAAACGACAUCCAACCAGGCACCUGUCCUCUGCAUGCUGGCCUUGAGUCUUCCCCCUCACCUCUGCACAAUGGUAAUGGCCACCAUGGCAACAAUCAUCACCAUCAUCAACAACAACAGCUCAGGGCCGCAACAACUACUAAUGGUGAUGACAUUAAUAGUCACUGGUGGCCCAGCGGUAUAAAUGGAUCUCGAUCACAGCAGACACCGCAACCACCCCCACAAUCACAAAUCGAUCGAUGGACAGGAGAAACACCGACUCCGACUGCAACCCCAACUCCUACCCCCACCCCGGCCAACCUCCUACCCAACGCUCAUCAACAUAUACAUUCGUAUGCAUCACAAUCUUCUCCACCGUGGUUCCAGGCCUACUUGCCCAGGGAAGUGGCUCUUGAACUCCUUACCCAUGAAGAAACUGGAAGUUUCCUGGUUCGAGACAGUGUAACCCAGCCUGGUUGUUGGGCUCUAUCAGUUCGAGUCCCAACACACGUCAAUUGUGUUGGAAUUACUCACUACCUUAUUCAACAUUCUAAACACGGUGUCAAACUCAAGGGCCUGGACAAGGAAUGGCCUUCCCUCGAGGCACUGAUCACUCACCUCACAGUAAUACCUGAGAUGUUGCCUUGCCCUCUUCGUCUCCCUCCAACAGCUCAAUAUGGAGGAAGUCAGCAACCACACCAAGCCUCUAAUCCUACCUUUACGGAGGAAGAGGAGAAUGAUUUUGGUGAAGAACCCGAAGAUGAGGAAUACCAACGGCUGUCAGAUUUUUCCUCAAUGCUCGCCGAUAUGCAGACUGCUACGAAUAAUACCGUUUCUAAUUCAACGGCUGUGGCCCCUCGCCUCUUCCGGUGA